GUACGCACGUAUAACUCCCGGCGGAUUGUUUACAUAAACACGUGUUGUUUGGAAACUAAUUAUUUACGGGACUGCGGGAUGACAUGUGUUGCUGUGUAAGAUGGAUCAACGUAAAUUAUGUAAACUGAAAUCGGGAUAACAUUUCGCCGUUUCGGAUGAGUGCAUUGUUGUGUUUAUUAGCUGGUACAGUGCAUUUAUGGAGCAAUUACGGAGCUUUCACGAUCGACAGCGGGGUGCUGCCGGAGUCACACACAUGCAGACCCUGGUGAUACUGGUUGCCAUGACAACCAUGGGACGAGGCUUCGUGGACACGGAGGAGUUUAUCAGCGAUUUAGAUAUGCCAAUACCAACGGCGCACGUGACAGGAGUGCUCGGGAAGAAAGCGUCACUGCCGUGCGACACGCAGCCUCUCUCAGCUGAUGACAGAGUCGCGAUGGUGUUGUGGUUCAAAGAAGCGGACUGGGAACCUUUGUAUAGUUAUGACGUUCGCGGCCGAACCAUCUACCAGCCAAAGCUGUGGUCGUCUCCUACCGGCUUCGGCACGCGAGCCUACUUUCGCGCCACGGCGUCGCCUGCCACCCUGCUUGUGGACAGCGUUGCUACAACUGACAGCGGCGUUUAUAGAUGCAGGGUGGACUUUAAGAAUUCGCCCACUCGUAACUUGAGGAUCAAUUUUACUGUUAUAACUCCAGCGAAUCGGCCAACAAUAAUGGAUGCGAGGACGCGAGACCACACGCGCCUGCUGGAACCGUACAAUGAAGGCGAUACUCUGGAGCUACUGUGUGAGGUGUUCGGAGGCGACCCGCGACCCUCAGUGAUCUGGUAUUUAGAGAACACGAUAAUCGACGAAUCGUAUGAGCAACGUGACGACGGCGUGACGACAAACGCGCUGUCGUUCCCGCGCGUCGGGAGGCAGCAUCUCAACGCGAGGCUCAUUUGUCAAGCCUCCAAUACGAAUUUAGCCCCACCGCAAAGCAAAUUGCUGAUUUUGGAUAUUAAUUUAAGGCCGCUGAGCGUGCAGAUUUUGGGGCAUGGCGGGCCGCUGUCCGCUGACCGUAGCUACGAGCUGCGAUGCAUCAGCGCUGGCUCCCGACCUCCAGCCAUACUCUCCUGGUGGAAGGGGGACAAACCCCUGAAGAAAAAUGUUAAAAAUUUUUCUGACACCAACUCCACGACGAGCGUGGUGCAGUUCGUGCCAGAGGCUCGGGACAAUGAAGGAGAGUUGACCUGCCGCGCCGAGAACCCUCGCCUCGCUGAUGCUGUCCUAGAGGACACUUGGAAGUUGAAUGUGCAUUAUGUGCCAAUCGUGAGUCUCAAACUGGGAUCGAAUCUGAGUCCAGAACACAUUAAGGAAGGCGACGAUGUUUAUUUUGAAUGCAGCGCGCGAGCAAACCCGCGGCCCGAUAGGUUUACUUGGUUUAAACAAGGCUCAGAGAUAUCUCACAACGCAAGUGGGCUGAUAGUUGGGGAGCAGAGGUUGGUGCUACAUAACGUGCAGCGCAGUGCUGCCGGGGACUACACCUGCGCUGCCAGCAACGAGGAGGGUAGCGCCAGCAAUACUGUCAGCUUGCAGGUUGCGUAUCCUCCAUCAUGUAAAUCAUCAGACGGUCACACGUUCGGGGCGCUUCUCAGCGAGGUGGUGGAACUGAAGUGCGAGGUGGAUUCUAGCCCCGCGCCCACUCGCUUCGUGUGGACUAUGAAUAGCUCAGGACAGGCCCGGGAAAUAGACCCUGCGUUAUCGCAACAAGCCGGUUGGGUAUCCACGCUACGGUACACGCCACGCUCGGCAGCUGACUUCGGGGCGGUGUGGUGCGCGGCUGUCAACGUGGCCGGCAGACAGAGCGAGCCCUGCUCCUUUACCGUUGUAUCUGCUAGUGUACCAUCAGCACUCCAUAACUGCUCCGUUGUGAACCAGAGCAUGGAGUCCCUGCAGGUGGAAUGCGAGGAGGGCUUCGACGGGGGCCUGCCACAGGACUUCCACCUGGAAGUGCUGGAACUGCCUUCGAUGAUAGUACAAGCAAACAUUACGUCGAACAGAUCCGUGUUCACAGUAAGCGGGUUGUCCACUGCUGGCGGGCUUCUGCUGCACGUGUACGCGGCCAACAGCAAGGGGAGGGGGGAGGGGCUCUCACUAUACAGCCUCGUCUCGCCUGAUAGAUAUACUGAUACAGUGAACCCGCUGUCACUAUCGCCGGUGGUGGUUUGCGUGCUGGCAACCAGCGCGCUGCUAGGGGCUGCCGUGUGCGCCGCCCUCGCAGCUGCGUACCGCCGCCACUCCGCGCGGGAUAAACCGCCAUCCAACAACGCUCUAUAUGCUGAGGACAGUGUAGACUCCUUCCCGAAGCGGGAUCACAUCAGCACUUACGCUGCAUCUCCGAAGAUCGACUACAGCAGCCAAUUCGAGAUUAAGUUGGAUCCGGAUGAAGACCCUGAUAUCAUCCCUGUUCAUUAUGAUAAGAAGAGAAUAGAAAUAGAAGAAUACAAAACGUGCGUGCUGGAGAGCGACACGCUGAGAAUAUACAACGAUCGGGAUUUUAAUAACGUAGCUAAUAACUAUAACAUAUCAGUGGUGAACCGCGGGGUGACAGCCCGCGCGGCGGCCAUCGCCAGCGCGCUGCCUUCAGUCCGCGAGAGCUGCAUAUAGACAACAUACCACCAGCGACUUAAUACUACAGUAGAUAUAUAAAUAAUAAAUCGUUUAUUUAUACAUUGAUUCAACACAUCAAACACGACA